AUGCUGUUAUGUUGUAUCAAAGCGUGGGGUCGCUGGUCAAUCUACUCGCUGCUAUUCUCUCUCAGCAUCCUGACUGCUGUUAGCGCCAGAAAUGAGGACGACCUUCUGAGCUUCUUUGAUCGAUUGCCACCUUCCAAACCUCGACCGAUCGAUGAAGGGUUCACGUACGUCUUGUAUUCACUCCGAUACUCUCACUAAGCGCAUGUCGGUGUCGCUCGAUUCGGCGCCGAACGAGUCUCCGCGAUGUGCCCCACACGAGCGGUGCUAGAGUGCUCAUCUUUGCCUCUUCCCCUCCUGCACAGGAUGAUCAUUGCAACCUACCAAAGGGACGAGAUCUUACAUUCACUAUUGGUGUAUCUGACAAGGAAUCCGCCACACUCACUACGUCACCUCGUCAUCGUCUGGCAAAACGUUGGCGUACCUCUGCCCGAGUUUCUUCAACCUUCGGGAAUCAAAUCACUCGUUGCGCCCAUCCUCCGUGAUCGAAUCAAUGUCGUCGUUCGAGCUUCCAAAGUCAACUCGAUGAACGAACGCUUCCGUCCGUUGUUAGACUGGGAUCAGGAGAUUCCUACGGAGGACGUGAUGAUUUUUGACGACGACCUCGUCUUGCCUUGGACAACGAUCGAAUGGGGGUACCAACGAUUUUUGGAGAAUCAAGAGAGGAUCGUUGGAUUUACAGGGCGGGAUUACAUCGCGCCUCAUGACAAGCUGUUGACGGGCGUCGAUGAAGAAGCCGAGAACGACCCUUCGGAGGGUUCACCUAUCGACUACAAUGCCCAGCCGACGAGAACCUACUCGAUGGUGCUUAGCAAUGCGGCAUUCAUGAAGAAGAAAUGGCUUGAGCAUUAUUGGCAAGGGACGCAAGAGUAUCGAAUGCUAAGGAACUAUGUCGAUGAAGGUGAGUGGGGCAUACGACACAUCCUUCUACGUACAGGGGGAGUAACUUUUAUUCGCUUUCGCACCCCCCCUUCCCCAGUCUUCAACUGCGACGACAUCUUGAUCAACUUUGUCGUCUCCAACUUGACUCGUCGUGCGCCUUUGCUUCUCAAGUCGCAAGUGCCGUUGCGAUCCAUACCUUCCAAAGGCUUGUGGAAUCGAGCCUUCGACGACGAUGACGAGGAGGAGCCGGCAUCCACCCACGGUGCCUCGGAACGUCCCAAGAUCGAUCACUUCACUCAACGAGCGCUGUGUCUGUCACACUACUUCAGCGUCUUUUCUAAAUAUGACACCCCUGCCUCUGAUUUCUCUCGCUCCACCAUACCAAGCUACUACCCGUUGCUGCGGUGCGACUACUCGAUCUCGAAGAAGAUCGAAGACGAGGCGAGAACGAUCAAGCCGAUGGAGCAAUGGGACGAGCCCGCGUGGGCUCUCGACAAGCGCGAUUGGAAGCAAACUGCUUUUGAACGAGAGGAGAAUCGAAGGCUCGCUGAGGCACUCGAAUCCAUGAGCGAGCAAGAAGUGCAAGAUUGGCUACACAGCCUUGAGGAUGGGGAAGCUGGCGACACGGACGGAGCGGCCGCGAGAGGAGACGCGGAUGAGUCGGUGGCGGCCGAGGUGCAUGACGAGCUGUGA